CUCCCAUCAAUUUCUCCCCCUUUUCUUGACUCCUAUCCCAUGUUUCUCCCUAUAUAUCUUCGCGUCUAAAUGUGCUAUCCGAAACUGCCGGUUUCACUUUCCCCGGGAAAAAAAGAAACAAAUUAAAACAUAAAAGGCGGUUUUGUUUCCAUUGUACUUGAAGAAAAGUCUGUCUUUGCCGCAGAGAGAGGAAGCUCAAAACCUCUGUUUUUCUGUAAUCCUUUCUGCGGUUUCUGCAAUUUGCAUUCAUUUUCAUCUGACAUGGACAGGAGCUCAAUGCAAUCAAACCUUGAAUGUUUUUUGAAUUGCACCACCCCUGUAGUCAAUUCCCAGUAUUUGCCCAAGAGUCAGGUAGGGAGCCUUAAUAGGCUGUGGCAUCGUCCCAUGGAGAGUGGGGAGGGAUAUGAAUACUUCACUUUGGCUGAUCUUUGGAGCUGUUAUGAUGAAUGGAGUGUUUAUGGGGCAGGUGUUCCGAUUCGCUUGGACAACGGCGAAACUAUUGUUCAGUAUUUUGUUCCUUAUCUAUCUGCACUUCAAAUCUUCACAAACGGUGCUUCCAUAAACUCUCUAAGGGAUGAAAGUGAUUCUUCUUGUGAAACGAGGGAUUCAUAUAGUGAUUCCUUGAGCGAUGAGAGCGAGAGUGACAAGCUGUCGAGAUGGGACGGAAGUUCUUCUGAUGAGUAUGAUGGCCUCUUGCAAUCAAAUUCUAGAUUGGGUUUUUUAUAUUUCCAGUACUUCGAGCGAUCAACUCCAUAUGGAAGAAUUCCUCUCAUGGAUAUGAUUACUAGCUUAGCUCAAAGGUAUCCUGGAAUUAUGACUCUAAGAAGUGUUGAUCUUUCACCUGCUAGUUGGAUGGCAGUAGCUUGGUACCCAAUAUACCAUAUUCCCAUGGGAAGAACCAGCAAGGAUCUGUCCACUUCCUUUCUCACAUUUCACACAAUAUCCUCAUCUUUUCAAGAAUCAGAGCUUGAUGAUGAGUUGAAUAGUGUUAGUAGGAAGCAAAAAGGCGGGGCUGGAAUCCCGGUCCCGCCAUUUGGUUUGGCUUCAUAUAAGAUGCAAGGGGAUGUUUGGGUAUUCGACAAAAGCGGGAAGGAGCAAGAGAGGCUGGUGUCUCUUUUAAGCGUUGCGGAUUCUUGGCUUAAACAGUUAGGGGUCCAACAUCACGAUUUCAACUACUUCGUGGGAAUCCGUGGCUAGCCCCCGAUCAAGCCACUAGCCUAGUGAAGUUCUCAUCUCUAGAUCACAUGAGGCAAAAACUUGCUAAUAGCGGCACCUAGACCUUGUUUCUAAUAUCCCUACCACGAAUUUAACCAUUUUGGAUUUCAGAUUUGAGACUUGGUGUUUGUCUAUAUACUGCGUAUAUAUGUGGUUGAAUUUGUCUCAACUGGAGUAAAAUAUGGAACUGAGCGAGUUGGACAGAGGUUUUCUGUAAUCUAUAGUGAUAUCCUCUCUUGAUUUACGUUUUUGAACUUUGGGUUCUAGUCUCGUGAGUAAAUCCUUCCGAUCUAAAUCAUAUACUAAGGUUUCUUCA